AUGCCUUCUGCACUGCGCAAAGUAUUGGACAAAUUGAGCUUACAAGAUAAAACAGUAAAACCAAAGCGCUACCAAACAAGUACCAAAAAAUGUAUAAGAUACUUAAAAGGCAUUAAAAAAGUAGAGGAAGAGACUGAUGACUCAGAAAAAGAACAAUCAGAGAGUAUGAAGACUGAAAGUGUCAAAUGUGACAUUGAAUCAAAAAUGGCUGCCGGAAACCAACCAGAAAAAUUUAAAUGUCCAAAUGCAAACAAGUUCGGUGGCAUACCUCCUCAUUUAGUACUACCGAUGCUACUAAUGAAACAAAACAUGAAAAAUUCGAUGUUGAGCAUAACGAGAGUGAAGUCGGAAUUCGGAAGUCCAGAUGAGCCUAAAGUUUUUUGUCCUGCUUGUGGCAGAGGGUACAAACUAAAAAGUUCCUUACGCAACCACAUGAAAUGGGAAUGUGGCAAAGAACCUCAGUUCAAGUGUCCUUAUUGCACAUACAAAGCGAAACAGAAGAUGCACAUUACAAGACAUAUCGAGAGAAUGCACAAAGUUAUUGAUUAUUCUGCUGUUAAGAAAGAAGAACCUGCUGAAGCUAACAAAACACACCGGAAUAAAUCAAUUUUUAAAUACAGCACCUAUGGACUUGCAACUAAUUGCAUUUUGUUCGGGAUGACGUCUGAAAAAAGAAAUAUUCUCUAUAGCUGUAGUAGAUGUUACAAAUGUUACAGACACAAACAGUCCUUGCACAGGCAUAAAAAGUUCGAAUGUGGAAAAUUGCCCUUGUUCAAAUGCGAAGUUAGGGGAUGCAAAUUCACGACCAAGAUCAAAUCAAACCUGAAGCAGCACAUGGGCCGACACAUCUUCAAGGAAAUGACAUUUUUGUAACUAAUUUAUUAUAAGUUGAUUACUCUCUUUGUUGAAGUCAGUCAUAAAAAUUAGUUUUUAUUUAAAGUUAUUAUCUCUAUAUAGUUUUUUAUGAAAUAAAGACUAAAAGAAUA